CUAACAUAAUAUACCUAUAUAUAAGGGAGUAGUAGCAGUUUAAGUGUACUUGUUUUAGGGUUGACCUUUCAUGUAUCUUUCUACAAGGGUAAAGGAUUGUCACAGCAUAACACAAAGUUUCUCUCUUCAGCCACCAGCUGCAUAUGGGUGUGGUCCAGUUAUAGGACUUCAAGUACCUAUGUGGGCACAUGUUGCACAGACACCACCCCCAGUCAUGGGUAGUAUGAUGCCAAGCUAUGCAACACAGCCAUUACAGUACCAACCGUGCUUCAUACCUCCAUUACAUCAUUCUAACCAGGGGAUGUACUUUAACAGUCAAGUGCAGUCUUACAGUGUAGUACCACAACAGUACAUCCCUAUGGCUAACCAAGGGUACAGACAGCAUUUCAUGAUGAGACAACCAUCAAAUGUACCUUACAUAAUGCAUCAUGAUUAUGUGCCUGUUGCUAACUCUGGAUUUUCGCACACUAUGGGAGGUGCACCAUCUCUCCAGCCUCAGUUUGUACCAAAUGACUUCUACACAAGAGAGGCUGUGUAUGAAAUGCCCUCUGUCCAACAUGCUCAAUAUGUACCUCAGCAACACAGACCAAUUCAACAAAUGUCCACAUUUGGUCAAAGAAGAGUAGGGCUCAGUUUUAAUCAGCAGCCACUAAUUGCUAGGGAGGAAAGAGAGGUAGCAAAAAUCUUUCCAAAUUCGGAGGAUCAGGGUGGAAUAGAUGUUGCUCAUUCAUUAGAGGAAGAACAAUCUAGUGAGUUACAAACAGCGGUGGAUUGCCCAAGGAGUAGCACUGAUACAGUAUCUACCAUGCAUGAACAAGCUCCAACUCCUCUAGAUCAGCAGUUGUCAGAUGAUGUAGAACCAGUUCAAGCUGAUGUUUUACACUCACCAAGUGAAACAACUUUGGUAGGAAGUCCUUUAUCAUCAGAUGGUGUACAAACAGUGUGUAACAGCCCAUUUGGCUCAGACCAUUCAGACACUGAGGAAGAUGAGUUGACAGCCACAGAAGAUGAUCAGAUUCCAACUAAGGACACAAGUGAUGAAGUAACAAUUCCCCAGUCCUCAGAGCCAUGCUACCUUGAUAAUGUUGAAAGGUUGGAACCAGAACAGCCAUAUGACAAUGUUACACUCAAACUCCCCGGUCAGGAAGAACAGUACAACUCCUAUGGUAAAGCCAAACCAUCAUUGAAAGAAGAGCUGUGUAGUGUUCAAAAUGUUGCCGUUAACUCAUCUGCCUUGGUAGCUGAAGUCACACGACAGCAUUCUUCUAGUAAUGACUCUGCUGAAGCUUGUAUUACAAGUGAAAGUAACACCAGUUCUAAUCAAAACCAAGACCGUCACCACCAACAGUCAAUAAGGUCCCUCAUUGAUACACCAGUCUAUAACACUGCUCACAGUAGAGUCCUCAGUCAACUCACACAGCCAAAUAAUUCAAUGGUGCGACCACACAAAGGAGUCAUGCAGCGUCCAUUAACAACCCAUUUUAGGCAGCUGUUUGAAAAGAUAGACAAACGAACUUGAAAACAUAUGUACAUCAUAUAACACAAGGCGAUGUUGUGCCAUAUUCAUAUCUAUACUGUUUUACCAGAUAUAAUGUUUGUCUGGUUUGUGAAGGUAUUUCUACCCUUAACUUAUAGUUUGCAUAAGGGUUGGCACAAUCAGAUUGAUUCUCUUUUAAAUUAAUAUUUAAAUUAAUCAAUUCAAUGCAUUUUGUCCCCCUGUUUACUGUGAAAUAAUCUGCUCCAGCAGACCC